GUAACGCAGUACAAGGACAACUACAAGCUGUGUAUUGUUCCUGCCUUGGGCAGGACAGUGUUACUCAAGCGUUCAGUCAGUCGAACGUGGAAUACUCGGUUGGUGAAACCUGCAAUUGCAAGACCUUCGACCUAGGCUCAGGGGCGUGGCUUCAAGGUCUAUGCGAAACCAACGUUUCUCGUCGCUGUGGCUGUUUGCCUUUUGGUGGAACAUCAGCAGCGCAGCUGUGACAUGUCGUAAUAAUUACGUUCGAAAUCCGUCAGCGUCGACGCAAAGCGAUUGGACUGUCACUCCUCCUGACACGAACGCCAAUGGCGCUACCAUUACUGGUGGAUCAUUUCAAAUAGCGACUACAGGACUCGAAAAGAACGAGAGAGGUUACUUUUCACAGCAAAUAAACAUUGCCGCAGGAGCUUCCAACUUUACAAUCAGUGCUCAGAUGAAGCGCAAUAAUACAUCGGUUCAAGGAGCACCAUAUAUAUUUGUUGAUCUAGUGAACAAGCAAGGUAUUACAUUCGACACGCUGGUAGAUACAAGUCUUAAAGGCCUUACAUCCAAUUGGACAACAUAUUCCGUCAGUUCCUACAUUCCUAGUGCAGCUUACGCCUUGGUAGUCAAACUGGCUGUCCUACAUCGUGACAGAGGGCAACCACUUUCAGCAAAUGUGGCAUACUUUGAUGACAUUUGUGUCACAUAUGCAACAUUAGGAGCUACUGUUCAAAGCGUGACUGCUGCUGUUGGCAAGCGGACAUCAUUGCAAUGUGUCCUGUCAGGAGCAGACAGAGGAACAUUUGUUUGGGAAAAAGUUGCAGGCUUGAUUAAUACACGCCGAGCCUUUGUUUCAAGCAAAGGUAGCUUCAGUUCUUUGGUUUUCCACGAUCUUGAGAUCACUGAUGAAGGAAAAUACAUCUGCAAUGCUGUUACACCAGCAGGCAACAUUUCAGCAACAGGAAGCCUGCUUGUUUACACCGUACCUUACCUUCUACCAACAGCCAACCCAACGUCAGUCCUAAUAGGCAAAGAUCUCACUUUACCCUGUAACGUUGCUGGAUAUCCAAGUCCUACUGUUGUGUGGUACAAGGGAAGUACUGUCAUUACUACAUCCUCUCACAUCGUCAUCAACUCACAGUCACACGAGCUGACAAUUCAAGCUAUUAACCCUAAUAGAGACAGUGGAACCUACGAGUGCUUUGCUCGCAAUGAUUUUGGCAAAGUUUCUCGUGUCUACAAACUUACCUUAGAUUCAACCAGUGGAACAGAGGUUGUGAGACCAGUUGUGGGUACCUCACAGCAGCCUACAACUGUUUCAGCCACAACUCAAUAUUAUUUUGAUUACACAGAAGACAAUUCAAGGACAACAAAAGACAGUCCACCAUCAGAGAAUUCAAAUGACAGUCCACCAUCAAAAGAGGAAUCAUUUUGGGAUAACAAGAUUCUGGGUUUGUACACUUACAUAUGGAUUGCAAUAGGUGGAGUUGCUGUGAUUGUUUGCACACUCAUUAUUGCCUGUUGUGUGGCUUUUUGCAAACGCAGAUCUAAGAAGAAGAAGAAAAUGAAAGAAAAACAAGCAGUCCAUUACACCAAAGGAUCUCGUCGAGCAGGAUAUGCAGUUUCAGACACUGCUCGUAUUGUUGGGCCUGGACCUCACAUGCAUUCAUAUCCCAACGGCUAUUCCUAUCCAGAUGGAACUAUUGAUAGUGGCUACAACUCAAACAGACAAUCAACUCAGAUACAGCCCAGUGGGUAUCCAGGUUACGAUAUGAGGUACAGUCCCCAUGGAACAGGACACCCACUAGUACACCAGCAAAUGAUAGGUCAUCAUGUUCCACUUGGUCACCGAACAAGUCAGGGUACAUUUGGGCUAGACACUUCACAGCUGGUACCCAGAAUCCCAACUGAAGAUGAAUUGGAAGAGGAAGGUGAGGAUAAUCCAAAUUUCUAUGAAGAACUGCCUGCUUUCCAAAAUGCAGAAUAUGACUACUGUGCUAUGUCAAGAAACAAUGGACCUACGUCACAGUCAGAGAGUUACUCAACAUUGCAACAAGGUGUCCCUCCUGAUUUAUCUUCACUGGAUCAUUCAAAUUUGAAUAAACUACCUCAUGCACAUGGCUCAAAGCCAGCUGAGUACACAAUAAUGCAACCAGCGGUGAGACCUCAAUUCUCAUCAGUGGAUCAAUCAAAUUUGCAUACACUGCCUCAUGCACCUGAUUCACAGCCAGAUGAGUACACAAUAAUGCAACGAGGGGUGAGUCCUCCAUUUUCUUCAUUGGAUCAAUCGAAUUUGGAUAAACUACCUCAUGUGGCUAUGACCAGUGGACCUUCACUACGACCAACUAGACCAACCUCCACUGCAGAUGUAGAAAAACGACAAUCAAUAGAAGCAGAUGUGCCUGAUACCCCAGGGGAUGUCGAUUAUAGACUGUAAACCAAAAAUAAUGCAUAUCUACCCAUCUAAUGAAGUAAUUUUUGUAUCUGUAUGUGAAACGUUGCUGAUUUUCAUACUGCAUUCUAAUUUUCACAAGGCAUACAUGGUUAAUCUAAUAGAAAUUUCAAGAGUUCA